AUGGUCCAAUCUAUUGACCAGGCUAUUUCUUCGUUUCCUGUGUCAGUGGAGGCUGAGCAGAGGAAGGGUGCCACAGCGCAGGAGUAUGAGGGAAUACAGGAAGCAGCCAUCAGCAUCGCAGAGGGUCGCAAGGAAGCGCAAAUCCUCACUGCAGAGGGAGAGGAGGAGCUGUUUGGUGAGGCCCAGGCUGUGUUAGCCAAAGCAGAGGCCAAAUCCAAGGCCGUUCGUCUGCUGUCAGAGGCCCUGGCUGAACAGAACGGAAGUGCUGCUGCCCCGCUGAAUGUUGCUGAAGAGUUCGCCAAAGAGUCCAACACUGGUGACAUCAGUGGAAUGAUCAGGCCACGACUAUUUACAGCACGCUGGCCAAAGGGGAGGCCAAAAGUUGAGAGCAUAAAAACCAAGACAGAGGAACCCAGUUAAGAGCCUCUGGCCGAGGGAACAUCAGCUCAGUGGCAAAGACGUUUACUGUUCUGAACUACAGCAGACACUGAAAAGAGAAGCAGCACUUUUCCACAAUUAUGGAGUACAAUGGUGCUGCUGUGUGGCUCGCUGUCUGGUGCAAAGGGAACUCUAUCUACUGCAGGGCACAGGAAGUCGAGCCUGAGGGGGAACAUUUGAUGAACAGCCGAGAAAAGAUAUUGAGCCAUUAUUAUGGCAGUGGUGUUGGUCAGGAGUUGUACCUGUCGUAUUUGUGAUAGGGAUAUUUCCUCUGCAAAUUUAAAAAAAAACAA